AUGAGCGACGCCGCAGGAGAGAUUGGUGAGAAAAAGGAAUAUGGUGGUGCCAAAACAGAUAUUGUUACAUCAGUAUCAACGCGAGCGAAGCCACACGAGAAAUUUACUAAUAAGAAGAUGCAUUCCCUAUCGGUUUGGAAGCUAGCUCGUUCUCCUAACUAUAAGACCAACGUCGAUAAAGGGUACCCGUACUCCGAAGUCCCAUUCCUCGGCGAGUACAACUUGAUUAAGAUCCCUUACUCCCUCAGCGAACUCAUAGACCAUGUAGACUACUGGGGGGAAGGUAAAAUAGUUACCAGCCAUGGCAGGAGCGGCUUCGAAAACUGUUAUAACGUCAAUCACACCUUCCAACUCGUGAGCAAUGGCGAAGAUCGCGACAGGAAGAUCCCCAACAGGAUUCCCGUACUUAGCUACACCAACUGCGAUACCAGUGCCUAUAUCAGAGGCAAUUCUGUCAAGACAGUUACUCUUAUGGGAGCCCCUAUCAACAAAAGCUGCACUUCGGACAUUGCCCGCAUAGUGAACACUGAUGUUGGAAAAGUAGUUGUGUUUGGUUUCAACAGCGACUCACAAGAAAUUGCCAAUCUCAUCGAUGCACUGAAGAUUAAAGAUUUGUAUGAAUGUCCUAACUACGACCUACCUAAAGAACUCCAAGGUUUAACGUUAUUUGAUAGCCACAUUGCCUUUUUAAACGUCACUAUGCUCAAAGACCGACUUUAUAAGUUAGUUAUCGAUGGCGAAUUCGAUCGAGCUGUAGCUUUGUCAAGUAAGUUAGACAAGGAUGGAGCACGUGAUGUGCUAACGGCUACUGUUCAAAAACUGCUGGAAUCCAAUUCUGCAGCAAACACAAAAUUGAUGUCUUUCGCUUACAAGUUGUGGAAUGGCGAAGAGAAAGAUAUCGUCCGAAACAACUUUCCUCCAGCUUUUAAACUCAUCUUUGGUCAAGAGAAUGUGACUAUACUGAAUACUGGAUACCUCCAGGUGCUUAAGCUUGAUACUCAUACAGAUAGCUACAACGACAGGCUCGCGUGGGGAGACAGCAACGACAAGACAAGUACCAGGGUGAGCUGGCGAUUUGUACCCGUAUGGGAGAAUAAUGAGGUCACGUUCAAGCUGUUUAAUGCUCAUUACGACAUGUACUUGAAACUUGAUGCAAGUACUGACGACAUGGGAGACAGACAAGCCUGGGGCUCGAAGAAUUCCGGAGAGAAAAGGCACAGGUUUUAUCUGGAGCCGAACUCGAAGAGUGGAAGUUUGGCGUUCUACAUUAUAAACUUCCAAUUUAAGCAAGGUCUGAAGCUGGUCGUUCAGACGGAUUCCUAUGGCGACAGGCUGCUGAUGGGACAUAAUGGCGAUAUCUACGCAAACGAAACACGCUUCCGGUGGACUUUUGCUCUGUGGGGAGGUGCUGCUACUGCAACCAAGCAAUGA